AUGAAAGGUACAGAAUCUCGAAUAUCGAUACUAGUAUCGAGUGGUACUCAAACUGGAAAUCUAAACGCAUUGCAUCAUGUGGACACUUCAGUUACAAUACCAUUUAUGCAUUAUAUUACUCUAAAUUCGGUUUAUUAUGAAAAAAUAUAUCGAUCUGUUCGUACAUGUGAUACCAGUACUGAUGAUUUAAUGGGCUAUACAAAUGGAGAAGGUCACACUGCUCCAUCAUCAUCUACUGCUGUUAGUACAGACACGUUUCUUGAAAUUAAUCUUGUUUCACCAUCUUCAUCACCAAUGAAUUCUAAAAUGGGAGAUGAAAAUGUUUAA